GGCGGCCGGGUGGGCCGUGCGGGGCCGGGGCGGCCCCGAGGCGGCGGCGGAGCCGCUUCCGGGCGGAGGGCGGGUAUAUAAGGGAGGCGGCGCGGCGGCCGGGCCCUCUUUCGCCGUCCCGGCAGCGAGAUGACGAAGAAGAGGAGGAACAACGGUCGGGCCAAGAAGGGCCGCGGGCACGUCCAGCCCAUCCGCUGCACCAACUGCGCCCGCUGCGUCCCCAAGGACAAGGCCAUCAAGAAAUUCGUCAUCAGGAACAUCGUGGAGGCCGCGGCCGUCAGGGACAUCUCGGAGGCCAGCGUCUUCGACUCUUAUGUCCUGCCUAAGCUCUACGUGAAGCUCCAUUACUGUGUCAGCUGCGCCAUCCACAGCAAAGUGGUGCGGAACCGCUCGCGGGAGGCCCGCAAGGACCGGACCCCCCCACCGCGCUUCAGGCCAGCCGGUGCUGCCCCCCGGCCCCCCCCCAAGCCCAUGUGAGGAGAACUCCGGCUGGACACAUCGUCGUCCCCCCAUCCCAUGCAGAGUGAAUAAAAGAUCCUGCACCCA